CUGCUAACACCUACUAAUUCUAUUACUAACUCAUCCCCAAAAGUUCCGACAAUGGGUAAGCGCAAAGUAAAACGAAAUGGAGUUCGAAGGAAACAAAAUGACAGCAAAUCAAAUACACCUACGACACAAAACCUUUCAACAGAUGUCGCUUUGAUUCCUGCUCCAUCGUCUCCGCAUGCCCCGUCUGGAUCAAAGUUGGUUCAAACCAUUAAAAGAGGAGUUGAUGUGGUUAUGGGCCAUUUUAUUCAUAAAAAAGGAACAUCUGACAGCUUUUUCGAUAGAGAUUAUGGGAGUCCCGCAAGUUCGUAUCGAACAGCAAACGCCUUGUCACCAACGAAUACUGAACUGUCACAAAGUUUUUAUAGUAAUAAAAGCAAAUCUGCAAGAAAGAGAUUGAGAAGAAAGCUUAAAAAGUUAGAAACCGAUGGAACUAAUGGGAGGUUGAUCACAUGCCGCAAAGUGCCAUUUAGAAAUGUUGAUUUGUAUUCAUGCUCGCCUCUCAUAGACAAUCAGAACGAUGAAAACCAAGAUAUGAACACACCUAUGCCACCUAAUUUCAAUAGUUUCAUACAGGAACUUGGGAAAGAAGAAAGCGAUGAUGAGCUCAGAGCUGAAACUAUGCGUCUUAUCAAUGAUAUGAUUGAGUCACAGGUUAAAUAUAUGGACAGGACUGGUUUUCGAAGGGAUAUCGUUGAUGCCGGAUUGGUAGAAGUACUUCAAAAAAUUGAUGAAUCAGAUUCAAAUGCAUGGCCUUCUUUGAAGAAACAAGUUGAUCGCUUCCUAGAGACAACCAUAAACGAUAACAUUGAAGGACCUGCUGAGUGUACUCGUGGAGUAGUUGACUUACUUUGGGUUCUCAUGUGCGAGCAUAAGGAUCAAUAUGAAGAAAUAUUUUCGUUUUUCCAAACUCUUGUGAGGAUUGAUGGUAAAACAACACAAUUUUGGAAGUUAGCGUCUUCUAUGCUUGCUAACGUUAAGAACGAACAUUCUGAUAACAUAAUGGAAGAGCUACCUCGUACUCGCUUAUCUCGAAGAGAUAGUUUUUCACCCAUGGGUAUUCAAAUGCUUGAGCUACCAACUAAUAAUAAAAACCAGACUGUUGUUGCAUCCAACAGCCCUACACCUUCUGAUCCUAAUCAUCCUCCUGUAAAUACUGCUACUGACGAUUCGUGUAUAAAAAUGAUUGACGACGACGAAGAGCCUGAAACUAUUCGACAAAAAGAGAAUGCUCCAAUGCCGAAACCUAAACUAAGGCCACGGUCUUCUUCACGAAAUCGGGCAAGCAAAACAGCUUUAGUCCCUCCAAAUCAACGUAGUAAAUCUGCAGAAAGCGAUGAUGACAAAGAAAAUAUACCGGAUAGAUCCCCUCCGUUAUUUACUGAAUUACCUGCUACUCGUAAGGAUACUCAUAUUAAUAAACAAUCUUCAAGUAACAAUCAGCGAAGAGGUAGUUUACGAAUUCGCGACCCUGUUUGUCCUGAUGUACCGGAUGAACCUUCACUCAUUUCUAUUAAACAAGAACGAGAGCAUGUGCGGGGCAUUCCUGAUCAGCCGACCAUCGCUUCUCUUGCUAGAUCAGUGACUGGUAAUCAUUCGGUCAAAGAGGGACAUGUAUCUAGAAGACUAUCUUCGAAAGCUAAUCCUCUAAUCGGGAAGACCGGAAAGUCUCAGUCUGCUAGCAAUGUGUCAUCUCCUACGUCGAAGUUACCACCAAUCAGUUUUUGUGAGCCUCCAGCCCCGCCACCUCCAACAGAAAUGCUUGUUAAGCCAUCUGCUAUAGUUGCUCAUGCCGCUCAGCUGAACGAUGCGUUCAUAGAUGAAGCCGAGUUAUCAAUGCUGAAUACUGAUCCUUCGAAGGAGGAUGAAAUCCCACGUGUAGAUACUACCAGAAUUCCACCUGCACCGCCACUUCCUCCACAUCUCAAUCAUAAUGUUUCCAUACCCCCACCACCUCCUUUGCCUCCCCACCUUCUUUCUAGUAGUGUGCAUUCUGCUCCAUCUCCCCCUCCAUGCUCGAUUCCAGAAGCUCCUCCGCUUCCAAAUUCGAAUAAUUUAUCUGUUCCCGAUCUUAAAGUGCCGCAAGCACCUCCAUUACCUCCCAAUUUGUUAAAAGGAGGACCUCCUCCCGCACCUCCUUUGCCAGCUAACUUAGUAGGAAGUGGAAUACCACCUCCACCUCCUUUGCCUCAAAAUUUAUUAGCUGGUGGGCCACCACCUGCACCUCCACCACCACCAACAUUAUUAGGAGUUCCAAGAGCUCCUCCGUUGCCAGGCUCUUCUGGCAUACCCAUUGCUCCUCCACCUCCCCCGAAUCUUUCUAACUCCAUACCACAAGCUCCGCCAUUCCCUGGCUCAAGUGGUAUUCCACCUCCACCACCACUUCCGGGUUCUUUUGCUGGUAAGCCGGGAUGUCCUCCUGCUCCUCCUCCACCUCCUGGAAUGCUUGGUAGCAAACCGGGAUGUCCACCACCACCUCCAAACUUCUUAAUUCAAAAGGCUCAACCACCAGUGUGCCAAGAAUCUUAUCCAAAAUCAAGAAAAACAGCUGUUCUCCGAUGGGAUUCUGUGCAUCACAACGCAAUUCAAGAGUCAACAAUUUGGAGCAUGUACUCAAAACCGGAGUCCAAUAAAGAAGAGAGAGAAGAGAUUGAAAAAGCUCUUGAGCAAGUUCCUGCAGCUGCUAGAGUCAUCAGAACUCCUAAAGUAGAAAAGAAAAAGGACAUUCCUCAGGGACCACAACUUGGCCAAGGUAGAGCUAUGGCUUUGGAGAUUUGUUUGGCAAAAGCUCGACCUCACAAUGUUCUGGGGCUGAUUGAACUACUUGAAUCCAACCAAGCCGAUCAAUUGUCCAGUGACUUGUUGACAGGCCUAUCCAAUGCUUAUCCUCUAUCUGAAGAAGCUGCAAUGUUCAAAGACGUAGAACGAUCUGUAAUAUCUAGGCAAUGCGAAGAGCUAUGCUGGGAAGUUGCCAGGAGACCUACGUUGAAAUCGAGGUUAGAGUUAGCGAUAGCUAAAGGAAGUAUAUCGGGAGAGAUCGACGUUCACAAAGUAAACAUGGAGUCUCUUCUGAAGGCUUGUGAAGGCAUGCGGGACCCCAUAAUAAACAAAAUUUUAUAUAAAAGCUUACAAUAUGGAAAUUUCAUCAAUCAGGGAAGUAAUAUUCCGUAUGCCUCUGGUUUCAAAAUCAAAUCUCUUCCAAACAUUUUAACCUUAAAGGGAAAAGGAGAUAAAAGCAGCUGGACUCUAGUUGAUCAUUUAGUCAAAUGGUCAGACAUUCCUCUAGACGAGAUCGACGAAACGAAAGCCAAACUCCACUUGUUCAGAGUUUGUUCAAUAAGUGAAAUGAUAUCAACGGUUGAGGAGUUGAACAAGACCGUACAAAAACUCAGAAGAAUGAUGGAAGGAUGUAAAGAUGAGGAGCUCGAGAAACAUUAUCAGCCUUUCUUCGCUACUGUGGAGAAAAAUGUAGAGAAACUUCUAGAAGACAGUAAAGAGCUAAUCUCGUUAGAAGAACAAGUAAAGAGGUACUACUGUGCCAAUAAGGCUGAUAGCGUGGAAGAGUUGGGUAAUGUGCUGUUCAACGCACUUACUUUGAUUGGUACCGCCAGAAAAAAGCAUUUGUCAAGCAAGCAUCAAUCAAGUUCUGCUAAGGAUUUGAAAACGCCUACGAUUAUGAGAGGAACACCCAAACGUCAUGGGGACUCCGAGGAUGCUCGAAGACUAUCUUCAGCUGAACUGUGUGACCUGGUUUCUAAAGCGCAGGAAUAA